AUGGCAUUUGGCAACGAUAAUGUUUGCAAUGAGAGGAAGAAGAAGUUUGCCAUUAUUGGCGUGUCAUCUUUAGUCCUGGUAGCCAUGGUCGUUGCUGUGGCUGUUGGAAUCGGUGGCAGCCAUCGAGAGUCGAAGCCUGAAAGCUCUCAUGAGGGCCAGAUAUCCACAACAUCCAAAUCAAUCAAAGCCAUUUGCCAACCCACAGAUUAUAGAGAAACCUGUGAAGAAAGCCUCUCAAAAGCUGCAGGAAACACAACUGAUCCUUCAAAGCUUGUCCAGGCUGGUUUCAAGGUUGCAAUCGAAGCUCUCCAAAAUGCCGUCAAUAACUCCGCCACAUUGAAAGAAUUGGCCAAAGAUCCAAUGGCUAGACAGGCUCUUGAUAAUUGCCGUGAAUUGAUGGACGAUGCUAUUGCUGAACUCGAGCAUUCUUUUGAUGAGAUAGAGUCAUUCCAGGUUAGCAAGUUCGAGGAGUAUGUAAAUAACCUUAAAGUCUGGCUUAGCGCUGCCAUCACGUAUCAGCAGACUUGUUUGGAUGGGUUUGAGAACACAACAGGUCCAGCUGGGGACAAAAUGAAGGAGUUUUUGAUGGCUUCUAAUCAGCUCACCAGCAAUGGCCUAGCCAUGGUCGAUGGCAUCACUUCCAUCCUUAAGGAUUUGCAAAUUCCUGGACUGACGAGCCGCAGGCUCCUAGAAGCUGAUGAUAAAUUUCCUUCAUGGGUCACUGCUGGAAAAAGGAAACUCCUCCAAGAGACUCCGGCAACAAUUAAGCCUGAAGCAAUUGUGGCUCAGGAUGGAAGUGGCCAAUAUAAAACAAUUGCUGAGGCAGUCAAGAAUAUUCCUAAGAAAAAAAAUGAAACCUUCGUGCUAUACAUCAAGGAAGGAGUUUAUAAAGAGCAAGUGAUCCUCUCAAGGAGCCAUACCCACGUUCUGAUGAUUGGUGAUGGCCCUACAAAGACCAAGAUCACGGGAAAUCUCAACUAUGCCAAUGGAGUCCAAACAUUCAAAACCGCAACAGUUUGUAAGUACUAUUCUUGCCUUGAGAACUGUUAUGGGGAGGAAACCAAUACUAAGUAA